AGGGAAGAUUUUCGACAUAGUGGAGAAGCAACACGAUUAUUUAAAGGAAAGUGAAAAUUGAAGGGAAUUAUGAAUGGAAAAAUUGUUUCGUUUGAAAUUUGAGGUGAAACUUGUGUAAUGUAAUUGGUAAACAAUUUAGCGAAAUUUUUGUCAGAGUUGCAUGAAAACUAAUGCUAUUUGACUUUAUGAAAAAUUGAAUGGUUUUAAUUGAAAAUUUCUCGGGUGAAGUGCAACAACAAGUUAUGAAAUUUACUAAAUAAUUGAAGCUGUGCAAUUUUGCUACACUAAACUUGCAUACUUUAUUGUGUAAUAACAGCAGUUGGGCAAUAUUUAUAUAAGAUUUGGAAACCAAGUAAAAGUUCAAUAUUUAAAAAAAACAUGAGAAAAUGUGCAAAAAUAGCAAGUCGUGAAAUUGUGCUAAUAAAUAUAGAAGGAUGUCCUUCUGAUUUUAUCGUGAUCCUAGAUAUUGUUCAAGUAUGAAGUGAGACAAAACGAGGACUGGUUCAUGAAAAUCGGAUAAAUCGGAUAUUUACCAAAAUCUAAAACACUUAAGAAAUUUCAAACUAUGAAAAGUAAUGAAUGUGUCUCUUGGAUGUGCACAAGAUCCAAAAUUGUGAAAUUAGGUGUCUCCAAUUGUUUCCAACUUCUGAACAUUUCACUGGGUUAAAGUGAGACACGAGACAAAAUUCUUCCGUAUUUGGAUGGAAAAGUGUCGCAAGGACGAAAUGUCAAGAUUUGAUGGUGCAUUGUGAGAAAAUCGGACAAAUAUUUCUUGGAUUUCAUUCAAAUUUUUUAAAACUACGGAAGAUUUCGGAAAAUGUGAAUUAAACCUUGAUCCAAGGCGUUGUUUGAAAUUCCGUCGUAGAUUUUGAGAAACUCAAAAAUAAAUAAAGCAAAUUUGAAGGCUCUUUCUUAAAAUCAGUGUCCAAGUUUAGUGAAAAACUCAAUUCUUAGAGAAUAUUGUCCCUCAACUUAAAUUCAUUUUUCAUGAAUUUUACCCAAAAUGUGAAACAGAUUUAAUAAAUCCCGAAUUGUGAAAAGGAGGAUGAAUCAAUAGUUACUUGAAAGUUAAUGGGAAAUUGGUGCGUGGGAAAAUCCUUAUGUUAUUCAAGAGUGUAAAGUGCAUAACGGAAAUUUAUCCACUAAAAUAAGAGUUUACCUUCCCUCCAAAUUCUGAUAUCUGCCACUGCCAUCGACUCGACCAAAAAUCCCAAAUUUCUAGAAACUCAUCCCCACAAAGUCUCAUCUCUCGGAUGCCACGAAACCACCACCUUCGUCUCCGUAUCAUCACUAAUUACAUUCGUUAACUUUCCCCCUCACCGCAGAAAGACCAGAGAAAGGAGAAAAGAAACCAAUUAAUUCAAUAUCCUCACUCGUGGUCAAACUAACAAUAAUCGUGCAACAUGAUACCAAACCACUACGAAAUCACGAAUCACCCCCUAAACUAAACUAAUUAGCGCCCCGGGAAUUGCGGAAUGCCCGACAAAAUAAGAUAAAUUCGGCGCAAAGUGCGUGUCCUGUCGGGAUUAAUUAAUAAAUUACGUAAAAAGUGAAAGUUUUCAUGGACAAAAAAAUUCAAGUUCAUUUCCUUCGAGAAUUCCAAUUAAUUUUAGACCCAGGAGUUUCAAAAUGCCCCCAAAAAAAGUGCUAACAAACUUCAAAAAAUCGUGUCCUACACCUUUCGAAACUUCAGAAUCGCGCAAUGCCCCGCAAACCGAGAUAAAUUCGUCGCCAAACUGCGUGAUUAAUUAAAGUGAAAGUUCUCCCACGCAAAAAAAACCGUGUCCUGGGAGAAAUCCAAUUAAUUUUCCAAAAUGCAUCUUCCCACCAUUAUUUCGCUGGUUUUAGUCCUGUUCGUCCUCAUCCCCCCAGGGGAGGCAUGUCCCCUUGUUUGCAUUUGCAAAUGGAAGGGUGGCAAGCAGACGGUAUCCUGUCGCAACCAAGGUUUGGACACGUUGCCGGACGGGAUUGACCCCGAGACGCAAGUGCUGGACAUAUCCGGCAAUAAGUUGGGCGUCCUUCCCAAACACGCCUUCGCGCGCGCGGGAUUGCUCAAUCUGCAGAAAAUUCACGUUUCAAACUCUCGCCUCACACAAAUUGAUGCGGGUGCGUUUUCCGAGCUGAUAAACCUGGUGGAAGUCGACCUGAGCGAUAACUACUUGCCCGCCGUCCCCUCACUCGCCUUCAAGGAAACCCCCUUCGUCAGAGACCUGAAUUUGGGUGGGAAUCCGAUAAAGCGGCUGAAAAACGGUGCAUUUCGCUUCCUUCCGCAGCUGGUGAAGCUUGACCUGAGUCGCUGCCAAGUGUCGGACGUGGAGGACCAGGCCUUCGCACACCUCGCAAUCCUCGAGACCCUUAAACUCAACUCCAAUCUACUUCCCAUCCUCUCCAACUACACGGUGAAGUCGUUGUCGCAGCUGCACGGCGUGGAACUUCACGACAAUCCGUGGGAGUGCGAUUGCCGUCUUCGAGACCUCAAAUUGUGGAUCGAGACCAAAAAUAUACCUCAUCCAAUUUCACCCACCUGCCACUCCCCCCAAAGGCUCAGCGGGCGAAGAUUUUCGGAGCUGCCCGUGUCGGAGUUUGCCUGCCCGCCGCGGAUCGUGUGGGAGGGUGGGGGCGGGGGUGGGGUGCGACAGGUGGGCGUGGUCGAGGGCGACAACGCCACCUUCGACUGCGCCUUCGAGGCCGUGCCAAGCCCCGUCGUGCGAUGGUAUCUCUUCGGUCGCCCAAUCCUCAACAACACGAUUCUCUCCUUCUCCAGGAAAUUCAUCAUUUUCGAGGAAAACUGGAAAAGCAGUUUGGUGCUAACCAACACGAAUUUGAAGGAUGGCGGCGACUUUUUCUGCGUCGUGGAAAACUCGGCGGGUUUUGUGGAGGCUAACUUUUCCUUAGAGAUUCUCCCGCUCCCCCCGUACCAAAAUAUUUUGGAUACGUCGCACAUCGUCGUCGUAGUUUUGGCAGUUGUCACCAUCCUCAUCAUGCUCGCCAUAGGAAUCGGAGUGUUCCUCUGGUACCGAUGGCGUUUGGCGAAACAAAGGGCAGCCCAGAGUUACAAGGGGAAUGGGCACGGUCCUCCGGGUGGCGAGUUGUUGACACCGGUGAAGCCACCGCGAAUCAGCUACGACUAUGAAAUAAAUUCGGGUUCCCUCGUCCACCAAAAUGGGUUCAAAACCCACCACGCCCAUCACGGCAAAGGCGGCGGCGGAGACUCGAACACCGCGGAUAAUCCAGACCUCAUUUUGGAGACUAAUAACACUUCCAAUUAUCAGGAGCACGGGGGUCUUGGAGGGGAGGAGGAGAGCAACAAUUCAGAGCUGAACUGGGAGCAGGCGAGCCUGAGUUACCGCAAUCUUGGCUACGCGACGGAAUACCCGACCGACUACGGGCUCCCAAUUAUCCACGAAAACUCCGUCUACAGCGACGACACCCACUCCACCGCUUUCUACCCCCUCCCGCCACACCCCAACGGCGCCAUCCCCCACAAUGUCAGCUUGCCCCUCAGCAACGGGUGCUCCUCAACCGUCAUGUCCGGCGUCUGGAACAAGAACAAGGUUGGCGCAAGGAUCACAGCGCCCAACGCGAGAGACUCGCCUGACGAAGGGUAUCAGGAAGGCUACGUCGGAACGGACGUGUAACAAACGGUGGCAAAUAUGCUAAUUUAAUAUAUAAGCCAGAAUAUAUGUAGUUCCUCCCUUGAGAAGAAGGAGAGGAGUCAAAAGUGUGUGCUAAUUAAGUUAGGAUUUCUUUUUCGGGGAGAAAGUGAAGAAAUCAAAGUGAUGUUUAAAUUUUAUGGGACGAAUGGAAUCUGGAAGAAAUAUAUUUUGAAGUGGAUUUUGAAACCUGGGAGCUUGAAAAUAAUAAGAGUUCCGACAUUCUCAAACUAAGGCAGGAGAUCUUCACCGCAGAAUUUUCCACAGCCUACUUUCUCCCACCGGACGACCUGCCAUUCUAGCAACCCAGCCAAGAAAACGCACCUCCACCUCCAACACCCACCCGACGAAAACAGCAGCGACGGAAACCACGAGGAAAGCAAACUUCGCGAGACGCGGAAUGAUGAACGAGGAAAAUAAUGGAGUUGUUAAUUCGCUGUAAGUGCAGCAAAACAGCAGAAAACAGAAUUUAUUUACUCGCCACCCACCACAAACGACCUGCGAACUCAGACCUUCGAAAAAGACAGCAGAGAUAGCGCACACUCUAAAUAAUCUCCCAGUAAUUGGUUUCCUGAAUGUGGCAAUCUUCACCGAGUUGAUCGUAACUUGAUACAAAUUGGAGGUGCUUACAUUUAAAACUAAACGACAAAUAUUUGCAACUAAAUUUGUUGUCACCCGACCCGAUAAAUAUAAAUCUUAAUUUAUACCAAAGAGUGGUAUGUUCCGUGACAAGUUUGAAAAAAAUUAAGUUUCGUUUGCAUCAAAUUUAGUACCAUUUCGUGGAAAGUUAUCGCCCAUCGGUAACACAAUAUAACCAAUUCCGUACUCGAACCUCAGUAAAGAAUUGGACAUUAUUCAGAGUGUAUCUCUAACUAUGUGAGAUGGACGACAUUCUAUUUUAUGAGGGUCGUUGCCUAUCUAAUCGCGUCGUUGGGUGCUCCGAGGGCGCGAAAUAAUUUGCUUAUUCGGGGAGAAAGCCCUACGAAACCUGAGGCCGGUGAAAGUUCGCGGUGAAGGCAGCACAAAGUUGGACAUAAAUUAUUUGGGUCUUGGUCGUGUCCUCCACUUAAAUUCGGUUCUUACAUGUUACACGACGUUAAAUAACUCAUCGUCCCAAAUCACGGUGACCACUUUGGGGCCCUGCAUAAAGCAUGUGACAGAUUUUAGGAGGGUCAGGCUCAAGGCAUUCUAUCCCUUUCGUGACAAUUUCAACAUCGGGUAAAAAUACCGGUCACAGUGGGCCAAGGAAAUCGUUCGCAUGCUUUUUGCGCGGUCCUGUUGCUCCACACGUAAUUCUGUUUUAUUGCUUAAUUAACUUGUUGUUUUUAAUUGGUUGGAAAGCCAGAAAUUUUAAUGUCAACACGAGUCGACCGUAAAGAUUGG